CGAUGAUUGCCUCGGAUACUGUCUCAUUGUCGAUGUUGUUGUUAGACUAGCACAUUGGGCGUCUAAUGGAUGUUUCUAGCGGUUGUGUGCAGCGGCUAUUUUGUUGCUCAGGCAGGACUGAGCCCACACUGAGCUCCUUCCUUGUCCCCAAGACUCCAGGACCUCUUGACCUCCAUCCUGAACCAUUCUUCGCAAUUGCCACCGCGUACAGUUCUGCACAGCAUUUUUAGAAGGGUGCACGUUACUGAAUAUCAUCAUGGGAUGCCAAAGGAUCAAAAAAAGGUAUCGCAACGUGCUGGUCGAUAGGGCGCUUAAAUAUACCUCGGUGAAUUAAUAUGCAUGCACCAUGGAGCACACCUCUAUGCGACAACUAUAAAACCAUCCGUCUUUCAGUUCUUUCGUUCCUUUCCUUUGCCCCAACGACUCUUCAGGAAAGCGCCAUAUACCCCAUACACAUCACCUACCCCUUUCUCUGCUUACAAAUGGUGGCAGUGAGUAUCGCUGGCACUUACACCUCCGUGGUCACCAAGGUUACCAUUCCCUCUAUCUACGAGACCUACAAGAACUGCCUCAGCAAAGACUUUCUUCCCCAUGAGUCCCUCUCGACCUUGUGGUUCAACUACAAGAAUCAUUUUCGCACAGAACAGAUCGUUGCUCUCGCCAACAAUUGCCCCAUCUCCAUCCACUUGUUUCUUCAGCCCCUGCUCUCCAAGUCCGAGUACAACUCACCCCGCGAAUACCAUAGGGCUAUCUGUGACGCUGUGCUCGAGUAUCUCAAGGUCGAGACUGGAUACGACGGCGCGCGGGCUCGUUCGAAUCAGGAGGCAGAAAGAAUCUGUGAUUUGGUCUAUUCGAGUACCCUGGCAAUCAGUCGAAGCAUUUUCACUGAUUUCGACUCUAGGACGACAGAAUCGCCAUCUUCAAUAGCACCCCACGUUUUUGAGUACUUCUCCUACCUGCCCAUCGUCGCCGCUGCCCACGUCCUUGGAGACAUUGCCUCUAGAUCUCCCUUCUGGUGGUAUGCGAAUCAGGUUGCGACUCUUGUCCUGGUCACGGAUGCGAUCACAGAGUACAACGCUGGGGAACGGACGUCGCCCUAUGGUGCCAUCUUUCAAUCCAUGACCGCAGACUUGUUGUAUGAUCUCAGGGAGCUCGAGAACGUCUUCCAGGCGAUCACCAGCUUUACGUUGACAGGGAUCCAGGGUUUACCCAGUGUCAUCGAUGCUGGAUUCUGGGAACACGACAGUGAUCUGGAGCACACAAUCGAUCAAAUCUCCGGCAGUGAGCAGAACGCUGCCCUGUGUCUCUUCCGCAAAAUGUUCCUUCAAUGCAACGAACCCUUUACGAUGACCGUCCUGACAUGUCCACAGACGGUCGAAACCAGCCGACGACUUUACCGAUACCUACGCGAGUGCACACGAGUGACCAGUCAACUGAGUGAAGAUGCAACAAUCGUUUGCUCCUGUGAGACCUCAAUCUGUUUCCGACCAAAAUUGGACACGGCAACCAAGGAGGCAUGCUACUCUGUCACGACGGAUGGUUUGCCUUGCUGGCGACAGGCUGAAGUGUUGACAGUCUGCGCGAUCUGGUUCAUCUCGGUUCUGGCAACAUUCUUUGGUUUAGCCUUCCAUCCGGAUCUCGUGGACGCUUACAAUAUUGAUCCUGCAGGAACCGCCUCUCUCGUAGUCCUUUAUAUGGGCAUGAUGGUCUCGGGUUACAAGAUGCUGCGGACGGAUCUCUGGAGCUGGUAUGAUUUCGUGCGCGGACGGUACUACUCAAAGUCGUUUGAUGAUUGCCCCUUCGCUGUGGACCGGGUCACAGUAGUGCGCGUCAUCAACGACGAUCACCGCCACUUUGCACCCUUGACCUCAAGACUCAAGAACAGCUUCCUUAUGGGCGAAAGGAAUGGCGAUUUCGAAUUUGACGUCGGCAUCACGAUGAGUGAUAUGCGUGGGGCAGGGAUAAUGAACUACACGGACGGCAGUGCCAACUACGUGUUCGAUCCCUACCGAAGAGAUUGCGAUGGAUUGACAUUGCACAAAGUAUGGCAAAUCCCUGGUGAUCGCUUCCAUAUCGAUGAUGUGCCAGUGCGCAAGGUUAGGCCUAUCAGGACAGCUAUACUGAAUGGACUGGUUGCUUGAGAGAAUACUUUCGUUUUUUACGUUCAUACAACAUUAUGAUAAUAAAAGGAAUAUCAAACAUAG